AUGACAGAAACGAUAAAAAGCUCCGACAAAGGUUCUGUCAAUAGGGAGGAAAAUUCUGAAAACUUUCUAAUAGGUCCAAAGAUCCAUUCACCGGCCUCUAGUGACACACACAUGGCUUUCGAGUUAAAGGACAGGCUAGACUUUGCUGAAAAUAAAACCCCUGAUUUUUUAACGCAACACGGAGCUGAAGUGUCAGACCAAACAAAUGACGAUCAAAAACCAGUUAUUUUGAGUUCCACUUUCUACGGAGCUAAGUCUAAAACUAGAGGAAAUAAAGAUAUAAGUUCACCAAACAAUGACAGC